AUGAUUCUCGGCAAGAAAGCUGACGACUUCUUCGUCGUUGUCAAGCAGCACCUCGACAAUAUCAAGCCUGGUCGAUUGGACAGCAGCCUCGACGCGUUUCAGCAAGCUGCUACGACUCUCGUUGACUUGUCCGGAGAUCUCAAAGGACAGGAUCUUGCUCACCUGAUCUACAAUGCCAAGGCGACCCUGCUUUUCACACAGAUCUACAUUGUGCUUGCUAUCGUGGUUGGCGCUUUGCUGAUCAGGAGGUUGGGACGAUUCAUUCACCAUGUCCGCAAGAGCCUGAGGAACCUUAGUGACGUGACUGAGAUUCAGAAGAAUAUCCAUUAUCAGACUCAGUUCGCUGGUGCGGUCCACAGGUUCAUUGAAUACCAGCAUGUCUUGCACAGCAAAGAAUACUUGAACGACCCACAGGAUGCUGUCUACUUUGUCUAUCAUCCUGGAAACGACUGGCAUGCCUCUUUCCAUGCUGAGGACGUUUCUAUCAAAGGGUUCGGUGGUGUCUAUGAUGAUCUUCCAGCACUCAUUGAGCAUCUUCGCACUCUUCGUCAAGAUCCCGAGUUCAGCGCUGUCAUAUACAUCUUGCUUCCUUCAGCUCACCGCUACGACUUCCUUACCGAUCUUCGCUCUGAUACAGCUCUUCUACCUCUCAAGAUUCGCGGUCAAAGAGAUUACAGUGGCAAAGCGUUAUGUCGUGGUCACAUCAAAGGCAUGCCCCUGGGCGUGGAUAUGAAAGACGUUGAUUCUUCGCCAAAGAAGCCAAAGACAUACUGGCCUUUCAUUUGGCCCCUGAUUAGCUUGAUCGUGGUGUUUAUGAUGUCAAUUGCUACUACAGGCUACAUUGAGAAUUGA